AUGCAAAAUGGAGAAAUUGCGAUGGGUGAAAAACUUUUUUCCCAAAUGAAAAAGGAUACCACCACUUACGGUGUGAUGAUGUCGGGUUAUGUCAAAAACAAUCGAGCACAAGAUGCAAUCGAUCUCUUCUUCAAAAUUGGCAAGCCGAAUGACGUGAAUCUACUCGUGUUUUUCAGUGCUUGUGCACAAUUGGGAGACGAGAAAGCGCUGAACUUAGGCAAACAGAUGUUUUCGAGAUUAUCUACCGACUUUCAUGAAAAAAAUAACAAAGUUCUUCAUGCUGUACUUUACAUGUUCAUCAAAUGUUCAGAUAUUAAAAAUGCUGAGAAGUUAUUUGCUCGAUUGAACAAAAACGUUAUUACAUACGGAUCGAUGAUGACAAUGUAUAAUAGUAGAAAUGAACCAGAAAAGACAUUGACUCUAUUCGAACAAAUGAAGAUGGAAAAGAUCGAACCGAACGAUAAAAUUUUUGUCUUAAUCAUCAAUGCAUUUUUCCAGCUUGGUGAUUUGCUCAAGGCACAAGAGCUUUUCGUUAAAAUUCAGACCAAAACGUCGAUCGUUUAUGAUGCAAUGCUUAAUGGUCUCGCCAAUAAUAAUCGUGGUGAACAAGCACUCGAUCUAUUUCGACAAAUGACUGUUCUACCAAAUGAAUAUACAUUCACCAUUCUCUUCAAGAUCUGUACACAAAUUGGUGACAAGAAUUCGAUUCAAUUUGGCAAAAACUUAUUAGAAAACAUUCCUGUCCAAUAUCAAACUAAUACAGUUGUUUUCAAUUCAGCUCUACAUAUGCUCAUGCAAAAUGGAGAAAUUGCGAUGGGUGAAAAACUUUUUUCCCAAAUGAAAAAGGAUACCACCACUUACGGUGUGAUGAUGUCGGUUAAUGCGUAUGGUCUAAACGGAAUGGGUAUGGAGGCUGUUAAACUCUUUCGUCAAAUUCCACCAGACAAGGUUGACGACGUAAUCAAUGUAUGCGUAUUGAAUGCGUGUUCUCAUUCGGGUCUAAUUGAUGAAGCGCGAGAGAUCUUUAGGAAUAUCCCAAGAAAAGAGAGAACAGAGAAAAUUUAUACAGCAAUGAUCGACGCUUUAAGUCGUUCGAAUUUAGUCGACGAAGCACAAGAUUUAAUUUCAGAAUUCGAACAAUCUCAUUCUCCUUGUUAUUCGAUGUAUAUGUCGAUACUUUCGGCUGCACGUAAUCAAAGAAAUCCUUCGUUGGCGCAGAAAAUCUUCGAUCGUAUUCAACCACAUUUUCACAAUCAACAAGAUUAUUCCACAUCGGCAGCAGUUCUUCUUGCUAAUACGUAUGCUUUAAGUGGCGAUUGGUCUGCAGCAUCAGAUAUUCGAAUGAAAAUGAACCAAUCCGGUAUGAGAAAAAUGGCCGGUCUUUCUUGGACUGUAGUCGAUGAGAAAAUAGUGAAAUUUCGAGCUCAUGAUCGAUCGCAUCCGCAAUCUGAAGAAAUCUAUGCUGAAUUAGAACGUUUGACAAGUGAACUGAUCGAACAUGGCUACAAGUGUGACACAUCUUGGAUUACUCGCCCACUGAUGAAUGACGAAACUGAAGAAUCAGUAAUUUCUGGACACAGUGAAAGACUGGCCAUUGCUAUCCAUCUGAUUCAACGGCCAGUUCCAUCACGUAUUCAAGUAAUGAAAAAUCUUCGUGUUUGUGGCGAUUGUCAUCAUGCACGUGAAACGUGA